AUGGCAAAUGUCUCAGGAGAUUCAACAUCAACUGAUACAACUAAAUCUUCAAAAAUAGAUGAACAACAAUUAUCUCAACCGUCAUUUCCUAAUACACGAUGGAUGAAUAUAACAACAGAUUUUUCGCGUAAUCCGGGUAUAUUUGAUGAUGUAUUUAAAAAAAUAAAGGAUUUAAUGCCACCAGCAUUUGAAGGUGCAAAAUUAUCUGUUACUAAGAUGCUUAGUAGUCAUUUUCAAGUUAGUCAUUCAAUGACCUUAAGUAAUAGUUCUACUAGUGGAUAUAAAUUUGGAGCUAAUUAUCUUGGUACACGACUUUAUUCACAAUCUGAAGUAUUUCCUGUUAUACUGGGUGAUAUGGAUCCAAAUGGGAAUGCUAAUGCUCAAAUAGUUCAUCAAUGGAAUGAUAAAUUUCGAACACGUUUAUUAGCACAAGUACAAUCAUAUAAAAUGGCUGGUUAUCAAUUAUCUAUGGAUUAUCGGACACAAUUUACAACAACGACUUUAACAUUAGCAAAUGUUGAUCUAAUGAGCAAUUCUGGUAUCGCUGUUUUACAACAUUUAACACGUGUAACAAAAAAUUUAGAUAUUGGUGCUGAAUUUCUUUAUCAAGCGAGUCCAAUGAUACCUGGUAAACAUAUUGGUAUAACGAGUUUUGUUACAAGAUAUCGAGGUCUUGAUUGGUUUACUGGUGUUAAAUUAAGUCCAGCAGGUGUUUUUAAUCUUGGUUAUUUUCAUCAAAAAAUAAACAGUCCAUUACAGUUAGGAGUAGAAUUUGAGGCAUCACUUGCGGCUAAAGAAACUUCAGCAACAUUUUCAUAUCAAUAUGAUUUAAUAAAAGCUAAUACAACAUUUCGAGGUAUGCUUGAUACUAAUGGUCUUGUAACAGCUGUAAUUGAAAAACGUCUUACACCAUUACCAUUUACGUUUAUGUUAAGCAGUUCAUUAAAUCAUGCUAAAGCUGCAUAUCGUUUUGGUAUUGGUUUACUUAUUGGUUAA